AUGGGCCUCGAGGGCCUCACCGCCUGGCCUGAAGUUUUGCUACGAACUGUCAGGGGGAACCGGUUGCAGGCAGGCCGUAGUCGCACCCCCGAGUCGUACCGCUUCCAGAGCCUCGCCCAAGGCAAGCCGCAGCUUGAAUUUGCAUUCGUCAUAGCUUCUUCUGAUGACGGCGUUGGAGUGCGGCAAGCUCUUGGCCGAAGCCCUCGAGUAGCUAAGCAAGCGCACCCGAAUACGCGACGACAGAAGCCUGAGGUGUCGUGUCGUGUUGUGUCGUGUCGUGUCGUAUUAUGCCGUUCAGGGACAGGCACAAUGGACACGACAGCAGUUGACUCACCAUCAGAGCCUCCCAUGAAACAGUGGCUUGCUGCGAGCAAUUGGGUCUCAUGCAGCUUCAAGAACAAAGACUUGCUUCGAUCGCUCGUUUCCUUCCGAGAUGGAGGGCAGAUUGUUCCCAGGGCUGAAGCAGACCCUGGUCGCUCAAAAUGCAAGGUAGGUAAACGGCCCGCCACUCUGGGUCGCCGAAGCGGGCAGCAUUUUGCUGAGCACGCUCCUCUUUUCAAACGUCCGGCACCAGACUUUGUACCCUGCGCAAAUGACAGUACCGCAAAUCCACGGUUGCUCGUCGCGACUAGCAUCCGCCGGGCCCUGGCAAGACAGCGAGAAACUAAAGAGACUAGCCCACAUGCAGAACGACAGGGCUGA